AUGAGAAAAUUUCCUGUUUAUGAUGCUGGAAAGCCUGGAUCAGAAACUUGGGGUAUGAUGUGCCCCACCAUGACUUUGAAAAAGAGAGCCAACUGGAUUCCUUUUAUAAAGAUUAAACCUAAACAAGAUCCAUGGCAGCAAAAACUGUUCAUGAAACUGAAACAAUGGAAAAAGGUGGAUGUCCUGCUGCAGCUCCAGUCAAAGUUUUUAGAGGAACAAACAAGUGAUGGUGAUGUUGAUCCUGCUGUGGCAAUCCAUGUGGAAAAUGCCAGCCUUAACAAGGGUUCCACAUUUUCAAGAAAGGAGAAAGACACAAGCUAUAGUUACACAGCCACCUUGCAGCUGCUGGGGUUUGAUGAGGAUGUAGAGGCCAGCACCAAGAAUGCUACCAUGAGCAAAGGAGCCUACUUGUCUCUCCUUUAUUUGCGUCACUUAAGAAUUAGAGAGCUGCAGAGAGUUUGCCUGGGAAUCCUUAACUACUUUAGAUCGGUUGAACGGACACUAACAAUCAGCACCUCGGGUCUUUCCUUGAGUGCUGGUAAUCUGGUCUCCAAUGCGGAAGAUUCCUGCUGGGUAAACGCAGUCAAAGGAGGCAUUGGUGCCUUUGGUGGUCUUGGUUCUCAUUGCUAUAUACAUUAUACACCAGCUGACUAUAAGGUUCACAGUGCGCAAUUUAUGGAGUUUGCUGAGAUAGAAAAUCACGAUGAUUUUUAUACUACAAAAGAUGGCUACAUCCACACACAGGAUCAGCGCGGGGCUUAUGUAAUGUAUGAUGUAGCCCUGCAGGACUUGCAAGAGGUAGAAGAGCAGCUUUUACUUCUGGCAUCCCACUACAUUGAGAAAGGCCACAAAGCAGACAGUGAUUCCAGUAACUACACAGCAUGGGCACAUGAAUCAGUGGAUCGUUCUGCAGUACUGCUUGACCUUUGGACUUGUGAAUCAGCAUUUUUAGAAAAUAAAUGGCAGCUUCUGGAUAGUUACUUUGAAGCUUACCAACACACUUUAGACUCGGAAGAAAGAUGUACUUUGGCCCAAGUGAUAACUGAUAUCAUAUACAAACGACCUCGGUUUGAUUUCCACCUUGGAUAUUUUGUGACUAUCUACAACAAUGAGUGCACUUGCCUAAAGCUUCAGCUGCAGCUGGUGAGGGAUAUAUUGAACCAACAGAUAGAUAAUCAGCGUAAAUAUAACCAUAAGAUUUGGCGUGAUGGUCCCAAGGGUGGCAUCAAUGAAUUUGGUUUUCCGCCAUAUAUAAUUGAAAAAAAGUUAAUUGCUCUUAACAACAGUCCUUCAGCUUUGAAGAACACUUAUUUGCUAGAAUUCCAUCCCUCCCUUGGCCUGGUGGCUCUGAUCCCUAAAGCUCUGGGUCAUGUCCUUCAGGAGUUCCAGCACAUCUGUAAGCCAAAGACAGCCAGUGGGGCAAUUAACCUGGAGAAUGAGGUCCUUCAGCUUGCAGUGGACACAUGGCUCACCAUGGAAAGUCCAGAGUCUUUUUAUGGCUCUUCAGUUCAGAAAGAUUUAUUCACAGAUGUUGUGGCUGAAGAUCCUUCUCUUGUGAGAGAGAUUGCUAUGUCAGCAUUAAAAUCAGGAGCAGAGGAAGAACAGAAACGGAUCAAAGGAAAACAAGCUUUUAUUCUGAAUGUCUUCUCAAGACUUCUUGAACUUCUAACCCUCCGUCAUCGACUGAUAGAGGCAGCAGUAGAAAGUGCACAGCUGGGCAGACUCUACAAAGAAUUUGCAGGAGAAAUGGGUUUUGAUGAGUUCCAUUUGUACUUAAGGCCUGUAUACUUUGAAUUUGCAACUCACAAAGAGAAAGCAGACCAACCCCCACCAAUAUUCAUUACAUCUUUUCUUGAGGAUGACAGUUGUGUGGAUCGAUAUAUUCCAUCCAGCUUAAUGCUAAGCAUCCAAGAUAUUGACAAUAAAAUUGGAAAAUUUAGCUUUCGCACAAGAGAAAGCAUUCUUCAGCUUUUAUUGCAGUCUGGGGUGGAAAAUUUACAGACUGCUCUUGCCUGCCAGGUCACUCAUAAAAACAUGCUCCUCGUUGCUGUUCAACAGGCUGUAUUUUGUGACUUGAUGGAGCCCAUACGAACUGUGGAUAUGAAGGAAGGAAGCCUGAGUCUGAGGAGCCAGAGCAGCUCAGCAAGUGGCAGAAGUUCUACUGCUGCGAAUGAAACAGAAAACCAAUUGCUGGCAACAAUUCCAUUGGUUUCAUAUUCUGUUGUGCGUUUUGCAGCUGGACGCUGCAAUCUGAAGAGGCCUCCGGAAGCUUUUGUUUCCAUUCAGUUGGAGAAACAAGGUCCACGGGACAUGAUGCUAAACACAUUCAUUCAAAAGAAACAAAUCCUGGGGAGUAGAAUGCAAAAUCCUGAUGCAGUUGACAAAGUCAAAAGGGAAGUGAUUGCUGAAUACUGCCAUAAGAUGAAUCAUUGUCUAUCACAGUACUCCCUUCGGAGUCAGAUCCUUGCAUAUUACAACAGUAUAAAAGCUUUGCUAGAUGAGUUCCCCAGUGUGAGAGACAAGUACUUCGUUAUAGGGUUGCCACAUGAGAAGAAAGGGGAACGAGAACGAAAAGAAAAGCUUGAGGAUGAUCCCAGGUCAUUCCAGCCACGCUCCCGUUGCUUGAUGUCUGCCGAUGGAGGAUCCUUCUUGAACCUGUGGUUUAUUCCUCACUCUUCAGAAGUGCUCGUUGUCUUUAAAAUGCUGCCAGAGAAGGAGGAUGAUGAUGCAGUUGAUUCAAGUGAGCGAUCAAAGAAUUAA